GCAAUGUCGUUCUGUUGUUUAUUACAGAACGUUGGGGCUUUCAGUCGGGAAUCAAAAUAUUAGGAAAUUUAUUUGUAACCAGCUUUAGUAGCUGAGAGUAAGAAGAAUAAUUUUUUCUUAUUUUUCUGAAGUUGAGAUUUUUAACUAUUCAAAAACCAUUUAUUUUGAAUGUUGAGAAGGAGGAUGGCGGCAUCGUACAUGUCUCCCCGGUACAACAAUGACCUCGAUUAUGAUGACUGUGUCAGUUCGGACUAUGACGACGACCGAGAUAUUGAAGCUAAUCUCUCAGACGAAGACACAGAAGAUGCCAGUGAAACUGACAUGGUCAAGCGAGAAGAGGAGUACACGGAAAUCAAGGAACAGAUGUACCAGGAUAAACUAUUACAAAUAAAGAAGCAACUACAGCAAUUACAGGAAGGAGUUCUUCCUGAAUAUAUGAAGAAAAACUGUCGGAUUGAGCAACAGUACCGUGACCGGCUGCUCAGUAAUGAGAUUUGGAGAGGCUACGAGCAAGAAGUUGUUGAGAAAGAAUGGAUUAAAGAAAAACAAGCUGCUGUGAAGGACUUUGAGGAAAAGAAAUUUGGGUUGAAGGAAAAUUUAAUUGCUGAGUUUGAAGAAAAGAAAAGACAUAUUGAGAAUGAACGUAGCACCAUGGAAUUAACAGGAGACUCAAUGGAAGUGAAGCCUGUUAUGACCCGGAAGCUACGACGGAGACCUAAUGACCCUAUGCCUCUUCCAGAGAAAAGGAGGAAACCUUCUCCUGCUCAACUAAAUUACAUUCUUGAUGAAAGUGAGAUUCUGGAAGACCUGAAAGCAUUGAAUAAAUUGUCUGGACGUCCUCUGCAAAAAAAGCCUGUCUCUCCACCAAACAGUGCAGAUAGCAGUCUGCCAAUGGAGGCUAAAAUUGAAGAUGGCCGGCUUUACUAUGAUAAAAGAUGGUUCCAUAAGGGACAGCCAGUAUAUAUUGAGGCCAAAGAUAUGGAGAAGAUAAUGGGAAUUAUCAGUACCAUAGGAACGCAAGAGAUCUGGGUGAAGCGUUGUGACAACAACAGUAAGCUGCGCAUUUAUUUGACACAGCUACAGAAAGGCAAAUACAGUAUGUGUCGUCGUUCUAUGUGACUAGCAACCGGGGUCAAGAAACGGCAAAGAAGAGCAACAUGGUCACAUUAUGAAAUAACCUGAAAAAAGUUGCAGACUGUUUUCUGGCCCCACCCUCUACAGAAAGCUGCUUGAUAAUUUUUGAUGUCUCUUAUAAAGAGGUCUUCAGACCAAUAUUAUCUAUUGCAGACCAAAAUUAAAGUGUAAAGGUGCACUUUGCCUGGAUGUUGACCCGAGUACUGAAGGAAGUUGUCUUUCACGUCAAAACGUCCUCCACUCAGAGUACAAAGGCUUUUGUAACCACAGACUCAGAUGAAUUUUUAUGUUUUCCUAAAAUUCCUUUUGUCAUUCCAUAGAAAUUUAAAUUUCUAAUGUUUUAACUGUAUAUAAACACAAUUCAUACACA